UCUCCUGUCCACUCAUCCAUGGCCAUAUAUCAGCUUACGUUCACCGCGAGAUUGGAGGAGAUUGGGAUUACAUACAUGUCCGGAAAAGAGCUUCAGAUUAAUUAGCAGCAAUGGUGUCCUCCCAUGCAGCCAUCGUCUUCUUCCUCGUCGCCGCGUCGUCGCUCCUCUCAUACGGUGAGGCGGCGCCGAAGAUGACGGCGGUGGCGGCGGACUACGGGUACCCGGCGGACUACGGGUACGCGGCGGGGAGCAAGCUGGGGCCGGAGAACUGGGGGAAGCUGAGCCCGGCGUACAAGCUGUGCGGCGACGGCAAGAAGCAGUCGCCCAUCGACAUCGUCACCAAGCAGGCCAUCUCCAACCCCAACCUCGACUCACUCAACCGCACCUACACCGCCUCCGACGGCACCCUCGUCAACAACGGCAAGGACAUCUUGAUGGAGUUCGAGCCAGACAAGGUGGGGACGGUGACGGUGAACGGCAAGGUGUACAGCUUCAGGCGGGUGCACUGGCACGCGCCGUCGGAGCACACCAUCAACGGGGAGAAGCACCCGCUGGAGCUCCAGAUGGUGCACGCUGCCGCCGACGGCAGCCUCGCCGUCAUCGCCAUCCUCUACAAGUACGGCGCCCCGGACUCCUUCUACUUCCAGCUCAAGAGGAAGCUCGCCGAGCUCGCCGCCGACGGCUGCAGCUUCGGCGAGGAGAACGCCCAGGUCGCCCUCGGCCUCGUCCACCUCCGCUCGCUGCAGAAGCGGACGGGGAGCUACUUCCGCUACGCCGGCUCGCUGACGGCGCCGCCGUGCACCGAGGACGUCUUCUGGAGCGUGCUCGGCAAGAUCAGGCAGAUCAGCCAGGAGCAGGUCGCCCUCAUCACCGCGCUGCUCCCCGCCGGCGGCGCGAGGCCGACGCAGCCGCUCAACGGCCGCACCGUGCAGUUCUACAACCCGCCCAACAGCACCAUCUCCUUCAAGGUCUAGUAGCCCCAGGCCCAAUGGGCUUUGGCCCAUUUAUAUAUACUAUAUGGGUUGCAUUGGGCUGCACAGGCCCUGAAAUUGAUUGAAGGAUCUCAAUUUUUGAGAUUUUUCUUGUUUCUGGAGAAAAAAAAUUCAUGUACUGUUGCUUAGAUAGGCCCUUAUCUAUAGUAUAGUAACAUAUGUAUAUGAAUUUAAUUUUAGGAUUUGGAAACAUGGUUGCUUAUCCUCACUUGGAAUUAGGCUUUUAAAAGUCGAGCACAUGUGCACUUGUUUUUCAUUCAAACAUUAGCCUGUCGCAUAGAUAGUCUUUUUCUUAAUAAUUAGAGCUGAUUUGAAUUUUA